UUUAUCGGUCUUCGAUCUCUGGACGUUAAGCGUGCAUUCCUUCUUCCUAUUCUUCACUGUUCUUCUACAGUUUCCUCUUUCCCAUUCCCACUUUCCCCUUUGUUUCUCUAAAACUUUUCUUUCCCCUCUCCAUCUUCACACCCUUUCGCUAAAAGGUAAAUUAGGGGAAUUGACUGUAAACAAGUACUGGGGGAUAAAAGGAACUAUAUUGGAACAAAAAAUAUGCCUUGGUCGAGUUCUACUGUCGAUGUGUUUCACAAAGUUGUGCGCCUGAAAAUAUGCUGUUGGUUUAUACUAUAAAUCAUUUCUCAUCCCAUUGAUCCUUUCCUAUUUCAUUUCUUAUCUGCUUCACAUCAUCUAACCAUGGGAUCCAAUCACUUUUUUAUCAUUGCUUCUGAUAUCUACAUUAGCUGAAGCCAGUUUACCAUCUGAAUUCUGUCUUAGGCUUUAGUUCUAUAUUCCAAUUUCAGGAUUCCAAGCUAUUUUUCAUCUUAGUUUGCUUAAGAUUUUUCAGAUUUUCUACUUUUGCUCAGUUCCCCUGUGUUAUGCUUGCUGGUUGGUGUACUCUGAACUUUGACAAACCGACUAGGCCUUUGUUUCAUUGUGUAGCCCCUUCUGUCUCACAUCAUUUUCAUCCUUCAUUAUAGUAAAGGGUUAAAAGUAGUUAUGGUGUGCCAAGCAGCGAGUCAAACACGAUUUCGGGCAUUGAAACAUGAAAAUGGGAUUGCUGGGAAGCCAACAAUUAUUGUUAAAGUGAUAGCAUGUUUUCAACCUUUGCAGAAUUGCCAGGCUGAGUACUUCCGUCAUUUGCUCAAACCUGUCACGUAGAUCAAUUUGUGAUUUUUGCAAUACACUUAAGCUGAAGUUUUUCUCUUUUGUUCUUUUUUAAUUAUUUGUUUCUGAAAGAAUCAGCUAGUAACUGAACAGGGGAAAUCAGAGGCAUAUUCAUCUUGUGGUGAUUGUUUUUUUGUUGGAUGGUUAAGACUGGAGAUUCCUGGCCUCAGCCUGGGCAUUCUGCUGGGAACCUGCCCAAUUUAAAUUGCACGAAUGAGUUGCUAAAGUUCAGGUUGCAAUGUCUGAACCCAGACACUAAUGUCUCUUCUGCACAAACGGAAUUUUGGGGAUCAUCUAUUCAUCAUGGUAGUUUGAAUUGGGAGCAGAAGAAUGAGAAUCGGUUGCUUCACAGCUUUCCAUCUUAUUUCGGGACCAUGCAUUCCAAUGCACUUCCAUGCCUUGUGGAGAAACAGUUUGAUUCAUCUUUGGGAUUUGGGCGAAUGACCAUACCUGAUUCAAAUACUGAGUUUCCUAAGAGGGAAUUCAUCAUCUUUGAUCAGACUGGAAAUCAAACUAGUGUAAUGUAUAGUUCUGAUACUGCUCAGAUUCCCAUCUCAAUUAGUACAAAGAAUUGUAGUCAUGGCUUAAAUGAUGAUGAAGAAGAUGCUGCUGGGGAUAUUGAUUUAAAAAAUUAUUUAUUUCACAAAGAUCCUUUGAAAAGUGGAAUUGCUGGUGAGGAGAGUGAGAUGCAUGAAGACACAGAUGAAAUAAACGCCUUGCUUUAUUCAGAUGAUGACAAUCACUAUAUCAGUGAUGAUGAAGUAACUAGCACUGGUCAUUCUCCACCGCUGAUUAAGGAACUUUAUGAUAAACAAAUUGAGGAAAUGAAUGAGGAAGUUGCUAGUUCCGAUGGCCCCAGAAAAAGGCAGAGAAUGGUAGAUGGUGGGCACAAGAAAUUGUCAGAAGCUCCCGUUUCAGUGAAAGUAGAUGCACUUAACAACUACAGAGUUGAUAUGAAGUCAAGCUACACUGGUGGCAAUAGCCAAGGACAUCUUAUGGAUUCCAAUUUUUCAUCAAAAAAAGACAAGUUACGAGAGACUUUGAAACUUCUUGAAACCAUGGUCCCUGGUGCUGAGGGCAAGCACCCAAUGUUGGUCAUUGAUGAAGCUAUAGACUACUUGAAGUCUCUAAAGUUUAAAGCAAAAGCUAUGGGUCUAGCUGCUGCCACACUCCCUCACCGUGAUGUCGGUCAAGGAUAUCAGGAUGGGAGAAAAAGGUGGUAAGCAAAGAUUUCUUUACAGAAUGAUUGUUGUAUUUGAAAAUCAAUAUGGUAAUGGGACCCCUAUGGACAUUAUGGGACUGUACGUAAUGGGCUACUAAAGGAAUUUAAGUGUAAUAUGCAGAUACUGCUCUUUGCUUGUUGCCAUUGAAAGACAAAAUGGGUAAUGUUGACCAGAAAUGAUUGUUAUCUAUUUGCUUUUGGGGCACUAAAGAUUAAAGGAAUCACUGGGAUUUGACUACUUGGAAGGUGACAGUGGAGGUAUUUGUUGUAUUUUUGAGGGACCCCUCUUUUUCAUGGAGAAACCCCAUGAAUUUAGUGCAUGCGCAUUUGGUUACUUAGGCCCCACUCUCCACUAAACUCUCCACCUGCAUUCUCUAUAUCAUGCUUUUGCCUUCUCUUUACAUUGUAUGGAUAAGAAAAAAACAAAAUGCAGAUAAUGAAAAGUAUUGGAAAAGUGAUUCAGGUGCAACAAAUUGCGAGAGUACUGCAAUGUGUUUCAUGAUGAAUAUGGUGGGAGCUGAGCUGGAGUUGCGCUUUAAUCAAUGAUGCCGUAAAGGUAAGCUUGUUUUUUUGUUGCAAAGUGGGAAGUGAUUGCUUUUUGUACAGAGAAAAAUUGUGAAGGUGGAGUGGGGGGUGGUGGCCUCUGGUUCUGCUCGUGAGAAUUUCCACUGUACUCUGCUCUUGUUUUUUUAGAUUUGUUGUUUCUAAUGGGCUCUUGGUUUGUCUAUUUGAGUUUGAAGAUCAUGAAUAAUUGGUGGCUGAAUUCUGCAUUAUUUGUUUUCAAUUCCACUCUUUUUUAUCUGUUCUUUCUUUU